AAUGAACUUCCGGUUCACCGUUGAAGUUAAAAAAAUUUAAAAACUUUCAAAGCUUGAUAACAUACAGGAGAUUCAUAAAGUCUGCAUCUCUUAAGUCCAGAUCUUUACACCAGUUUCUCGUUCCUAGUAUACAAUCUCCAUGUCUAAAAUGUAAGGCCCAGACAAAAUCCAAUCAUACCAGAAGAAAAGACUUGAACUAAGAGAAUAAAAUAUAAUAAUAAAGCUUGUCUUCCAGUCCGAAGAUUAAUGAGCAAUGCAGUAUUUCCCGUGGAUACGCAGCUUCAGCUGCGACCCACAUAUUUUUCCACACUAGAGCAGGCAUAGCCAUCGUCCGCCAGUGGUCGAUUUAGAAUAAAUAUAAUAUUGUAUAAACAUAUUCCCGCCUGCUUACAUGAAAUAAGAAUUCGCUAGGUUGUCUGACGGCAUCGGUGGUGUUAAAUCCUACAUUUCUGAAAACGAAACUAAUGACAGGAACAUCAGCGAAGAGAUAAAACUAUGCGCUCGAGCUCCGCGGAUCUUCACCGUGCUCGAAUGUUUCAAUGUCUGAACUGUAACAAAAGGUUUAACAAAAAAUAUAGGUUGACGUUUCACUUGACCAAGUAUACGAAACUAUACACAUGCACUUUGUGCAACAAGUCCGUGUUUCUGCUUCGCAGUUUAAGAAACCACUUAGGGUACCACCUCCAAAGGAGGAACAUAUGCACUCUGUGUAACAGGUCAUUCACAUGUCUCUAUAAUCUCAAGGUUCAUUUGCUCCGGCACGUUUUGGCAGAGAGCUAUCCUUACGCGUGUCGAAAAUGUCACAAGAUCUUUCUCCAGGAAAGGAGAUUCAGGUGUCAUCAGUUAGCGCACCUCCAAAAGAAGUUCUUUCAGUGUGAAUCGUGUGGCAAAACGUUUUACACCAAGUUUGCUUUCCAAAGGCACAAACUGGCUGACUGCCAACUCACUCACUGCAGUAUUUGCAAUGAAGAUUUUCUUUCAAAUUUUGCUUUCAGGAAGCACGCAUUUAAAAAACACAUACCAAACGAGCCCCACGAGUGCACCGAGUGCAGAAAAUCAUUCACAAGUGAUCGAGGCCUACAGCAUCAUCGACGUAUACACUGCCGAAGAACAACUCAGUACAAGUGCCUUGACUGCAACACGAGUUUUGAAACACUCAAUUACAUUAAGAAGCAUAUGAAAUUUCAUAAUGGACCAUCAAGAAAAUCAUUCACAAGUGAUCGAGGCCUACAACGUCAUCGACGUAUACACUGCCAUAAAGCAACUCAGUACAAGUGCCUUGACUGCAACAAGAGUUUCAAAACAUUCAGUCACAUGAAGCGACAUUUGAAUUCACACAUCAAGCUACCAGGAAAGCCAGUUCUGUCUUUAAGGUGUGAAUUAUGUUUGAAAAUAUUUAUAUCUCGAAAUGGAUUUGAAAAUCAUAAAGAAAGCCAUUGCAAUGAUAAGGACACUCGUAGAGCAUCCAAACAACCCAACCAAUCAAAAGACACACCUAUGCAAAAGAAUGCUGACAUCUACAUGUCUCUCUCCAAGGAAAACACAAAUUAUGGAGCCUAUAUACAGUUUAAUGGUUAUAGAAGGAUUCUUCCAAACACACCCCACCAAAAAACAACCUCGAGUGAUGAAAUAUUGCAACAUCAACAACCUUUUCUUUUCUCCUGCCCUCACUGCUACAAGAAAUUUGAAAGACUUUGUGACAUGAAGAAACAUUUAUGUUCACAUAUCAAGUCAUCAGAAUUGAUUAGCAAACAUAAUACCACUAGAGCAGCCAGCCAAUCAAACCAGCCGCUGACCUCAUUCCAUAUGCAUAAAGGCGUUCACGUGAACGGGUAUACGCCUGUGACGAUUGGAAGCCAGCAGCAAGAUUUUCGUUUGCAGUUUAAUCAAAAGGUCCUCAACAAAGACAUUGCCAAAAAGCGUACUUUCGAUCAGCUUCAUACUUGUAAUGUCUGUUCUCGUGGUUUCGUGUACAAGUCUGAUUUAAGGAGACACGCCUUAGUUCACGCUGCUGAACUCGCUAAGAUCACAUUCCAGUGCCCCGUGUGCCAGAAAGAGUUUGCCACUAAGCAAAGGCGAGGAACUCACGAACAACUAAGUCAUUACGUUUGCCCCAUUUGUAAUUGCAGCUUCGCCAACAGGUUUCGCCUUUUCACUCACAUUGACACACAUUCUGAGCCGACAGGAUUUAAUCAGAAACUGCUGGAGGGGGCCACGUUUUCUCAGACGCAGUGGGACACUACGGCUCGUAUGGUGCCGACGCUUUCUCCCUAUGGCUGUAGUAUGCUGGCACCACGCUUUACAGAGAACAUCGUGCCUAGAAAAUGUAUUCUUUACAACGGCUUUGAAAAAUACAGCCAUCCAAUGAUGAACCUGAAGCAUGUUCAUGCCAUGCCUUAUAAUGAUCAUAAUGGAGUUGCAGAUAACAGAGAGAUGCUCGCGAAUCAAUAUAACUUGCCUCAAUUUUAGAUUCUUCGCUUGAAGAUUUAAUGGAAGAAAUCCUCUGAACUGAUAGGAAGGUUGUAAGACAUUCUGAACGAAGCAUCAAUACGCUUUGGAAAUUAUCGUAUCUUCAUGGAUCUUCUUAUGGCCUCAGUGGAACAAGUCGAUCCCCGCAUAUUUAUGCCAGCCCAGAAUUCUGCUUCUUGUGCAUAACUCUCUUGUCUUAUCUAGCAGCUUGCUUUUUUUUAUUUUCUCACAAGUCUUUUGGCUUGGGUCGAGGCCAUUCGUUAUAGAGGGCCUUAACACUGACCGGCAACGUCACAACCCGUGGGCAGUUUAGACCAAUAGCUCGUUGCCACGUCGUACAGACCUGUGAUGUGGCGAUGACCUAGUGUUUUGAACUGCCCACAGGUUGUGACGUUGCAGGUCAGUAUUCAGACCUUCUAUAACCAGUGGUCAUAUUGAAGUCCCCCACGGCCCUAGCCUAUAUAGCUUUGCUGAGUAAUCUAUAGUAAUUGUGUUGUAAGCUUAGGUUUGGCGUUUAAUAAACGUGACAAAUUUUGUGUCGUUGGUAUACAAUGUGCUGUACAAAUAUUUUAAACAAACGGUACACUACGUUUUUUUUUUAAAUCUUGUUUUUUUCCCCAUUUGUUUUGUUCACUAUAUUGCUUCAGAUCCAUCUUAUUUUGUUUCACUAUGUGAUGUGAUUGUGUACACCUCAUUACAGACCCAUCUUAUUUUGUUUCACUAUGUGAUAUGAUUAUGUACACCACAUUACAGACCCAUCUUGUUUAGUUUCACUAUGUGAUAUGAUUAUAUACACCUCAUUACAUACACAUCUUAUUUUGUUUCACUGUGUGAUAUGAUUAUGUACACCACAUUACAGACCCAUCUUGUUUUGUUUCACUAUGUGAUAUGAUUGUGUAAACCACAUUACAGACCCAUCUUGCUUUGUUUCACUAUGUGAUAUGAUUAUAUACACCACAUUACAGACCCAUCUUGUUUUGUUUCACUAUGUGAUAUGACUAUGUACACCACAUUACAGACCCAUCUUGUUUAGUUUCACUAUGUGAUAUGAUUAUGUACACCACAUUACAGACCCAUCUUGUUUUGUUUCACUAUGUGAUAUGAUUGUGUACAGCACAUUACAGACCCAUCUUGUUUUGUUUCACUAUGUGAUAUGAUUGUGUACACCACAUUACAGACCUAUAUUGUUUUGUUUCACUAUGUGAUAUGAUUAUGUACACCACAUUACAGACCCAUCUUGUUUUGUUUCACUAUGUGAUAUGAUUAUGUACACCACAUUACAGACCCAUCUUGUUUUGUUUCACUAUGUGAUAUGAUUGUGUACACCACAUUACAGACCCAUCUUGUUUAGUUUCACUAUGUGAUAUGAUUAUGUACACCACAUUACAGACCCAUCUUGUUUAGUUUCACUAUGUGAUAUGAUUAUGUACACCACAUUACAGACCCAUCUUGUUUUGUUUCACUAUGUGAUAUGAUUAUGUACACCACAUUACAGACCCAUCUUGUUUUGUUUCACUAUGUGAUAUGAUUAUGUACACCACAUUACAGACCCAUCUUGUUUUGUUUCACUAUGUGAUAUGAUUGUGUACAGCACAU